AUUCCACCUUGUGCAUAUAAAGUUAAAAAAGAACUCAAUUCAAAGACGAUCUUCUCCUUUUCUCUCUCUAAAACAAUCUCUCUCCGUCUCAUGACCGACAUUUGUCGUUAGAGCUUGACAAUCGAGAGGCAGAGUUCAUACACAGUCAAAGAACUCUUGGUGUGAUCAGAAUCAAUUCUUCAAUAUUUUUUUUUAUCAAUAUAUUAGGUAAAGAAACUCAAACCCGAAAAGCUUUUUGCUUAUCUACAAAAGGUGGUGCUGGUGGUCGUACGGAAUCACCUGUAGCAAUGGCGGCGAUUCAUUUUGUUUAGAGAGUAUAAAUCACCAUUUCUGUUUUAUUAAGUAUUUCUUUGAUAGUAACCCAGAAGAGGGUUUGUUGAAGAUAGUGAAAUCAUCUGUUAUUUCAUGUGCUUUACAAAGGUGGCGAACUCGAGGGAAUCCGGCGAUUAUGCUAACUUCGAUCGUGACACAGACGACGGGGAUGGAGGAUCAGCUCCACAACCACCGCAAUCUCCCCCACCGGAUAUGUUUUCUUCAGAGUAUAGCAUGUCGGGGGAGUUGUCUGCUAUGGUGACUGCGUUGACUCAUGUUGUUUCUGGACAUGGAUCCGGUGGUAUCGGAGGAGCUAGUUCUUCACUGUCGUUUCCUGGUGGCGCCGGUGGGCAUUACUCCAUGGAUUCACCUUCGUCGGCUUAUUCGUCGUCGAGCUCUGGUUCGUUUGCUGGACAGAAAAGGGUUCGUGAUCAAGAAGAAAGUGUAAAUCAAUUUCCAGAACAAUUCGUUCAAAGAUUUUAUGGUGGGUAUACAGAUGUUCGAGGUGGCGAGUCAUCAUCUUCAAAGGUUAAAGAAGAAGUUACAACACCAACAACCACCGCCGUGGUCGCUUUAACUACAACUGCCGCCACCUCAUCACAGCCUCCGGCGAUGGAAAUUAACCAGUACGAACAAACAGGGGCGAGGAGGCGGAAAUACAGAGGAGUACGACAACGACCAUGGGGGAAAUGGGCAGCGGAGAUACGAGACCCACAUAAAGCAGCUAGGGUUUGGUUAGGUACAUUUGACACGGCGGAGGCCGCCGCUAGAGCCUACGAUGAAGCUGCUCUUAGAUUCCGGGGAAACAGAGCAAAACUAAAUUUUCCAGAAAACGUUAGAUUAUUACCACCACCACAAAUCCUGCCAGCCACCCAACUCGCUAUUUCAACUUCUCCGGCGGCCCAAUUCACCAUCCGGCAACCACCACCACUGCUGCAACCGCAACAAUUUCAACCGCCGGGCACCACCGUGGCCAGGGAUUACUGGCAAUACUCCCAAUUACUACAAAGCACUUCCAAUUUCGGCCUGCAACAACCACGGAGUAAUUUAUUACCACAAAUGUUUAGUGCAUCAACAAUGGCUUCUUUACAUUCACAAACAUCAAAUUUAUCGUCGUCUUCGUCUACCGAGAAUUAUCCCUUGUUUUUUCCAAACCAGCCAUCUGGUUAUUUGGAUUUCCGGCAACCCGGCGGCCAAAAUCAGGAGGAUCAAUCAGAUUUUCCGGAAACACCGCCGUCGUGGCCUGGCCAUGACCAAUUCCCACCUCCACCUAAUUGAUUUAUUUAUUUCUUUGUAGCAUGUUUGCAGUUUAUACCUUCCUAUAAAU